GUGGGGGUUGAAAAGGGAGGGAGAAAAGGCAGAGGAGUCGAGGGAGGCCGGAGUGAGAGUGGGGCUGCGUGAGGAGUGGAGGCGAGGGACCGACGAGAGAGGGCAGCUCCUGAAAGCCGCACCGAGAAGGGGCGAAGAGCAGAAGGAAGAAUAAAGGGGACCUGCGGCGUCCAGGGAGGAACAGCCGCCGCCGAGCCGCUAUCGCACAGUAGAGCCGGGCUGGGAGAGAAGCGCCGGGAGAGCUCAGCUAGCCGCAGACUCGCACCCGCUGCCCCGUGUCCGCCGCCGCCCGUCCCUAGAGAACCAUGGCGUCCGGCAGCACUGCCAGCAGUGAGGAGGAGCGCAGCCUCCGGGAAUGCGAGCUCUACGUCCAGAAGCACAACAUUCAGGCGCUGCUCAAGGAUUCUAUUGUGCAGUUGUGCACUGCUCGACCCGAGAGACCCAUGGCAUUCCUCAGGGAAUACUUCGAGAGGCUGGAGAAGGAGGAGGCAAAACAGAUUCAGAAUCUGCAGAAAGCAAGCUCCCGUGCAGAUUCGAGGGAGGAUGAAAUCUCUCCUCCUCCCCCCAACCCAGUGGUUAAGGGCCGGAGGCGACGAGGUGCUAUCAGUGCUGAAGUCUACACGGAGGAAGAUGCUGCAUCAUAUGUUAGAAAGGUUAUACCAAAAGAUUAUAAGACUAUGGCUGCUUUGGCCAAAGCCAUUGAAAAGAAUGUGCUCUUUUCACAUCUUGACGAUAAUGAGAGAAGUGAUAUUUUUGAUGCCAUGUUUCCGGUUUCCUUUAUUGCUGGAGAGACUGUUAUUCAGCAAGGUGAUGAAGGGGAUAACUUCUAUGUGAUUGAUCAAGGAGAGAUGGAUGUCUACGUCAACAGUGAAUGGGCAACCAGUGUUGGGGAAGGAGGGAGCUUUGGGGAACUUGCUUUGAUCUAUGGGACACCUAGAGCAGCCACUGUCAAGGCAAAGACGAAUGUGAAAUUGUGGGGUAUUGACCGAGACAGCUAUAGAAGAAUCCUCAUGGGAAGCACUCUGAGAAAGCGGAAGAUGUAUGAGGAGUUUCUUAGUAAAGUCUCUAUUUUAGAAUCUCUGGACAAGUGGGAACGUCUCACGGUAGCUGAUGCAUUGGAACCCGUUCAGUUUGAAGAUGGGCAGAAGAUUGUGGUGCAGGGAGAGCCAGGGGACGAGUUCUUCAUUAUUUUAGAGGGUUCAGCUGCUGUGCUACAGCGUCGGUCAGAAAAUGAAGAGUUUGUCGAAGUGGGAAGACUGGGGCCUUCUGAUUAUUUUGGUGAAAUCGCACUCCUGAUGAACCGCCCUCGUGCCGCCACGGUGGUGGCUCGUGGCCCUCUGAAGUGCGUGAAGCUGGACCGGCCCAGAUUCGAACGUGUUCUCGGCCCGUGCUCAGAUAUCCUCAAACGGAACAUCCAGCAGUACAACAGUUUUGUGUCACUGUCCGUCUGAGAUCUGCCUCCUGUGCCUCCCUUUUCUCCUCCCCCCAGUCUGGGCUUCAUCCCUGCAGACUGCUUUCUCUUCCUGUUCGCAGCGCCACGUGGCCGCUGGUACCGCAGCUUCUCGUCUGUUUAUAUUAAAAGUUGCUUUUACUGCACCGUUUUUAAUUUGGAGCAUUGACCGAAUGCUCAUACACAGUUAAAAUAAAUAGAAAGAGUUCUGUGGAGACUUUGCUGUUACUGCUUCUCUCUGUGCAGUGUUAGUGUUCAACCUAGGCGGUGCGUGCCCUGCUUCCUGGUGAGGGCGCAGCCCUGCACCACGUGAAUUACCGUAGAGUAACGGUGUAACAGUGCAAGAUUUGUUUUUUUAAGUGACAUAAUUUUCCAGUUAUCAUAAGCAUAUUUUAGACUGUGGCCAUAUAUGCUGUGUUUCUUUAUAGAAUAAAUGAUUUCUCAUUAAGCUCUGAAAAUUAGGAAAAACAGAUCUAGAAAAAUCUUAGUAUAGUAGAAAGACAUCUGCCUGUGUUUAAACUAGUUUAAGGGUGGAAAAGUGCCCAUUUUUGCUAGUUCUUGGAUGGAUAAUGAUCUGUUGAGUUGUUUUUUUUUUUUUUUUUUUCCCUCUUAACCAGAAUUUUUGUCAAGCUCAUCUGCCUGGUUUUGUUUGGAUCUUGUUUAGUAGUGUUUCCUCCAAUUCUGAAAUGUGGGGGUGUGGCUACCUGUGCCUGCCUUUGGAGUUCGAAACCAAAUCAUAGACUGCAAAUACUGAGUUAUGAUUUAACUACAUCUGCCUCAGCUCAAAAAUUCUGAUUAGACCUUUAUUUAUCCAGCUAGUGCCAAAUACUGAUCACCAGAUGCUGAAUUGGGAAUUAGAAUUUGAGGUCUACACUCUUGGUAGUUCACUUAGAGCUUUUGGCUAAAUGUACGGUGUCCUUCACUUGGCUCCAGGAUUCUCUCCUGUGCUCAAACGCUGCCUGCAGGAGGUUGGGUUUGCUGGAACAGACGUCCCCAAUAGGAGAGUAGAGGUGAUGGUGGUAAAGGAGAGAUACCAGGGGGACAAAGCUCAGUGUUGGGGACUCUGUCCCACUAACUUCACUGGGACAUAAGAUUAGGGAAGAAGUGUUUUACUUUGGUUUCACCUUUUUCCCUUCUUUUUACGUCAACUAGAAUUUGCGGGGGGGGGCUGGGGGUGGGGUCGGGUGUGUCUUUGCUGUUUCAGUGGUCUAAAAGGCUGUCCUGCUGAAAAGGUCUGCUUUUCUGUUUAGCAUUUAUUUUCUCUGGCAAACUUUUUUGGUUUUUUUAAAGUAAACUUGUGUUUUGAGUCUUAAUUGUUUUUCAGUAUUUUCCAGCCUUAUCAUCCUUCUGUGUUACAUUAUUCCAUGUGCACCAAUGAUACCCAACAGUUUAUUUGUAUUAUGUUUGAUUUUUUUUUUAAACAAAAUUUCACAGUUCUGUAAUGUUAGGCACUUUUAUUUUCAUUGUGAUUUAUAUAUAAUGUAGGGUUCUAUUUGGGAGUGACUGCAAGCAUUUUUCCAUCUGUGUGCAACUGGGUCUGAUUAUUAAUCCCCUCUCCUACCCUUUCCCGGGUAAUUUAAAUUGGUCAUGGUAGAUUUGUGUCAUAGAUUUGAACAGUUUUUAGGUUUUACUAAGUUUGGAGUUUAGAUCUGGGAAAGGGGUUUUCUUUACAUUUCAGUGUGAGAUAGAAAGCCACCUUAUUACAAAUUUUUUUAUUUUUCAAAAUAAUCUAUAUUAAAUGAGGGUUUUCUGAUCUGUACUUUGUGUUUAGCUACCUUUUUCUAUUUAAAAAAUUAAAAAUAAAAAGUUAUGUUCUUAUUAGCUUAAAGCUUGAUUUGAUCUUUGUUUAAAUGCCAAAACUGUACUUAAAUGAAUUAUUUAGAAUGCCACAAAUUUGCACAGUUUUCAUAUAUGUAUAUAAUCACGUUCAUGUAUAUUUAGAUACAUAUAACGCUUUCUAAAUGAGUUUUGCUCUUAAAUCAUUUGGCUUGCUGUUUACUCCCUUUUGUAGUUUUUAAUCUAAGGAAUUUUAAGUCUCAAUUUAAAAAUUAUCACAUUUAAAAGCUUUCUCUUUGUGCAAUCUGAGUAUAUGUGAGAAAUCACAAUUGGCAUAAUUUGUCUUAGUGGAUAUUCAGGGCUUUGGAAGUCAUUAUUUCUGGGCUUGGUAAGUGAAUUUAAGAGACCUACUGCUCUAGAAAGUGUAGACGGCCAAAGGACCAUUUUGUAUCGUUUCCUGGUUACUAGUCUAAUUAUACUGUGUGUGCUAAUAUUACUCUAUUCUUUUUGUUAUAGAUUGUCUUAACAGUAGGUCAAGUAAUAAAAAAAGAUUAAAUAAUUUAAAUCCUUAA